AUGACUGAUUUGAUUAGCGAUCCUGUGUCUAACAAACGAACGUUUGCGAUAGGGGAUGAACGCGAUGAAGUACCUGUUGUAAAAGAUCAGGCAAAUGGAGAUAAUUUUCCUAGUAAACGUUUAAAAUACGAAGCGGCUAAUGAAAAUUCAUCGUCAGAGGAUUCAGAUGUGAUGAUUAGGAAUUCUGUGGGGCCCUUAGAUACUGAGGAGGACGAGAGAAAUAAACAUGAAAUUGAACCUGUGGUACAACCCUUGCGCAUAGCGAGAGAUCGUGAAAGUAACAAAUACAUUUAUCCAGAGGUAGAUCGUGAGGCAACUAUGACUGCUAGGAGGUAUUUGAAGCAUUAUGGUUUACAAAAAUUUUUGGAUGCAUACCUUCCACAAGAAUUGAAUUCUUUGUAUAUUCAUUAUUUGAUUCGUAUGCUUGGAUUUGAAGUGAAAGAACGUGAAUUAGUAGAGAAGGUUAACGAACAUUUGAUAGAUACAAGUGAGACAAAAGAGGAGAAUUUGACAUUUAGUAAUAUUGAUGAUCCCUUAGAGAAGAAGUAUGUUGUAAGGUUAAUUAAAGAUCUGCAGAAAGCAAUUAAUAAAGUAUUAUCUACAAGAUUAAGGUUAACAAAUUUCUAUACAGUGGAUCAUUUUGUUGAACGACUGCAGAGUGCCAGAAAUAUUCUAGUCCUGACAGGGGCUGGUGUCUCUACAUCCCUGGGGAUUCCUGAUUUCAGAUCCUCCCAGGGGUUUUAUUCUAAAGUGAAACAUCUGGGACUGGAUGAUCCACAGGAUGUCUUCAAUAUGGAUAUAUUUAUGCAGGAUCCAUCAAUAUUUUACAACAUUGCCCAUAUGGUCUUACCUCCAGAUAAUAUUUAUUCCCCAUUGCAUAGUUUUAUUAAAAUGUUGCAGGAUAAAGGUAAACUAUUGAGAAAUUAUACACAAAAUAUUGAUAAUUUAGAGUCCAAUGCUGGAAUAGAGGCAGACAAAUUAGUUCAAUGUCAUGGGUCGUUUGCAACUGCGUCAUGUAUUACUUGUCAUUGGCAAUUGCCAGGGUCUCAUAUCUUCGAAAAUAUUCGUAAGAGAGAAUUACCCUUAUGUCCUUACUGUUAUCAAAAGAGAAGGGAAUAUUUUCCAACAAUGACCUCUAAGGAAAAUGAAGAAUCUCAAUUGGAUAGAUCUUUCAGCUCCGCCCCUGUAUCAAAAUCAUAUGGUGUAUUGAAACCUGAUAUAACGUUCUUUGGUGAGGCCCUUCCGUCCAAGUUCCAUAAGACAAUACGGAAAGAUAUUACCAAGUGCGAUUUAUUGAUAUGCAUAGGGACAAGUUUGAAAGUGGCACCUGUGUCCGAGAUUGUAAACAUGAUCCCGGCAAAUGUUCCUCAAAUAUUAAUCAACAGAGAUCCAGUGAAACAUGCAGAAUUUGAUUUAAAUUUAUUGGGUUAUUGUGAUGAUGUAGCCGCUUUAGUAGCCCAAAAAUCGCGAUGGGAAAUACCACAUGAAAAAUGGACAACAUUGAAAGAUCAAAAAUUUCUUUAUGAAGAAAUUGAUAAAGGUACCUAUAAAGUGGAAGCUCAGUGA